AUGGCAAAUCUCAAAAUGCUAACGUUGUGUGUCGUGCUGAAUUUGUUGAUUGCUAUUAUUGCCAGUGUACCUUUUAAGUAAGUUUGGGGAUUUUUUGUCAAUUUUUUUAAUUGGGAGGGUUGAAAUUGGUUUUUAGAGCAAAGUUUCUCAUUUUAAUAGAAAUACACUUUAAAACUAGGCGAAAAAUUUAAAAAUAUUAAAUUUUCAAAAUUUCAAAACUUUGAAAUAUUGUGGAACUCUUGUAUAAUACAACGAACUCUUCUAUAACAAAAACUCUGUUUAACGGAGCGUUUCGUUAUAGUUCCACUGUAGUGCAUUAUCAAAAUUUUUAAUUUUAUUUCUAAAGCAUUUUUUUGUUUUGAAAGUACUACUUUAACCAAGUUUCAACAAAAAUACAAAAUCAAAAAACUAUAAACCAGAUGUAAAUAUGAGAAGUGACAUAAUGUUUUUCCGUAUUCAAAUUUCUAGAAGUACCACAAACUAUAAAUCUUAUUUUUGUAAUCCAGACCAAACUUGUGAAAUUCGUAUUUGAAUAUCGGAAAUAAGAAGUAGUCUUUCGUCUAUGAAAUCUUUUUAUUUUUAAACAGUUUAACUAAAAAACAACUCUGAUAUCAAACGCUGACGUCGCCCUCCCCCCCUAACGACCGUAUUUUUAGAAGUCAUUAUAGGAUUUGGCAACAUUUAUGAUCUGUAAUAGGUUAUUAGUUUUGUAUGUUAAUUUUUUAUAGAGAUAGGCAAACUUUUUUAAAGUAUAAUAAAAAAUUUUUUUAAUAAUCACAUUUUAAAAUUACUUUCUAAAAUAUUUUUGUCAAUUUUGAUUUUUCAAAAAUAUUUAUUUCUGAGUUAAACCGUUGUUUUAAAUUCGCAACGAAAUUAUGAUUGCACCGUGCAGCCAAACAAAAAUUUUUGAACUAGCUUGUUUUUUUAGCAAAAAUGAGACAAAAGUUUUUUCGGGCAUUUAAACGACAUUUUUAGCUAUGUUUUAAAAUUGGUUAUAAGUCUCAAAAAUUUUUGGAAAAAAAUCUUUUUUUAAUUUUUAAAAUUUUGCACGGUGCAAUAAAAUGUUGCUUGCACGGUACAGUAAUUAAUGAAAAAUAGAAUUUUAAGAAAUUAAAUUUUAUUAAUUUUUUUGAUAUACCAAUUCCUAAAACCACUUUUUUUUCAGUACCAAUUAUGCAGAAUCGCCCGCCGCAGCAUGGACGGAAGAGGUGCGACCUGCGCCAGCGAAACGACGCCUCGUCGUCCGAGUACCGUUCGCCCAGAAUCCCGAUUCGAUUCAACUCAGCCGCAUCUACAAGUCGUUGUUCACGCAGCCGAAACAGAAGAAGCUGAAUACGUACAAGUUCGCGUUGAGGAGUUUGCUCGACUAA